AUGAGAAUGUUUAAAAUGAACGCUAAGAAGAAGACAAUUCCGCGAAAGGAUAAGAAAAAUGAGAAGAAAAGGGCAAAAAUCAAGCAAAAGAUUACUCGGAAUCGAGUAAUUGUCGGAAUUCUGAGUUUCGUUUUGUUCGUAAUUUCCAUAUAUUUUAUAUAUCUUUCGUUUGCGAACCAAAACACGAAACUCUCAGUACUGGACAUGAAUUGGCGGUUGAGUACAAUUAUACGCCUUUCCAUCGCACUCCUGGGAUACAUGGGAACCGUCCUCUUCUCUAAGAGAAUACUAGUCAUAACAAUGGCACUCAUUAUUGUGGACAUUACCAUAUCGUUUCUAAUACAUUGCCUGUCCUUUAAGUAUAUGGACAACGAUUACGAAGAAUAUUUAGAUUAUUUCGCAAAUACUGAGAAAAAAUACAUGAAAGAAAGUGACUGUCAUUUCAUUAAAGUCUUUCGGCGAAGAAUUAUCGAAAACUUAAUUCUCGUCAGUUUUUAUCUCAUUUAUGUCGAGUCUAUUAUCGCUUUGUUUCUUCUCGUCAAAAGUGAGCCCAAAAGUACCGACGGCUCGACACAAGUAAAACUACCGACAAUUGGCUCGAAGUGGGCACUCAUCCUCUUGAGUACAAUUCACUUCUUGUAUUCACUGCAUUUGUUUACAUCCAAAACAUUUAGAAGUGAUCGAAAUGAUCACAAAAAGAGUGAUUUCUGGUACAUCUUUAUGUGGACUUUAUUAGCUUUCCUCUCAAUGUUGAUCGCAUUUCUCACUCCCUUUGCGUUAUUGAAAAUAUCGUUCAAAAACAAGUUUGCGCUCAACUUUUUCAUCUCAGUAGUCAUGUCCUCCGCAUUCAUCGGUUCCGCAAAUUUUCUUAUCAUUAUAUUCAAUGAGAUUUUCAAAAUGAAUCCAACGGAUGACUAUUACUGUAACACAAGGAUUACAUCUGUGGACAGUUUUGGCUCAAUCUUCGUGCUCUUGAUUGUCAACAAAAUUAUGAUUUCAUUGCUCUUAUCAUUAGCCGCAGAAAUACAUGCCCAGCAAAAGAAAGCCAUUAAUUCGUUGACUAAAAUAGUGAGCGACAAUAAUUAA